AGAAAUCAAAGUCACUAGUCAGUCGAAUUUGAUAUUUAUCAACCAGAAAAGUCCUGAAAAUGUCUGUCCCAUACAGUGGUACUUUCAGGAGAUCGGGGGGUGUUGUUUCAGCAAUAGGAAAACAACUGCGGGCUGUUAAUCUCAAAGCAGCCAAGAGAAUUACGGUAAAAUUUGAUCCGUUCGGUGGAAACGUAACACACACAAGAAAUUUUUUACAUUACAUCAGCUCUCCUAAGAUAGCACUAACAAAUCCAAACUGUGUUUUAAAAACGGAAGUUAUAUGUGACAGAUCUGAACCAACAGUCGAUAUAAGCCUCUUGCCAUCCAUAGCUGAAAAAGCAAAUAUAAAAGGAGUAACUUUAAAAAGUGGAAAUUUAACUUGUUUGGAGAUUCUAGAACUAUUAAACAAACACGUUUCAUCUUUAGCACCCCCUGAACAAAUUGUAACUCAAACCAAAUUAGAGAAAAAGAAGGGUAAAAGGAAGUAAUCUACAAUGACGAGAAAAGGAAACCUACA